GGACUUCGGUUCGAGAUCCCGGGCUGCAUCAAAGAUGGUCUGGGAGACUCUAUGGACUGGGGAUCUAAUGUCACAAUGAGGACUCACACUCGGGGGGCCCCCAGUGUGUUUUUUAUAUGCCUGCUUAGUUGCUUUGUGGUUCAUGCUGCAGGUGAGGUCACAAAUGCACAAAUUCCUUUCAUCAAUGCAAAAUAUGACGGCUACCCCAUGCUCUACUUUUCAAAGGGUGAGGUGGAAAACCUGCGUAUACAGUCAACCGGUAGCCAUCAACACAUUGCAUCUCGCAUUAAUGAGGCUGUUCACACCAUGCUGACCAACCCAAGUGAAUAUCUCCCACCUUGGGACCCCAAAGAGUUUUCUGCUAGAUGGAAUGAAAUAUAUGGCAACAAUCUUGGAGCCCUUGCAAUGUUCUGCAUCUUGAAUCCAGAAAAUACAGAAGCAAUUGGCUUGGCCACAGAAUACAUGGAACGGAUGGCAGCUCAGCCUAGUUGGUUAGUGAAGGAUGCCCCCUGGGAUGAAGUUCCCUUGGCACAUUCUCUGGUUGGUUUCGCCACUGCAUAUGACUUUUUAUAUAACUAUCUUAACAAACACCAAAAGGUGAAGUUUCUUGAGGUCAUUGCCAAUGCAUCAGGAUACAUGUAUGAAACUUCAUAUAGGCGAGGAUGGGGUUUUCAAUAUCUCCACAACCAUCAACCCACCAACUGUGUAGCCCUUCUUACUGGGAGUCUGGUGCUGAUGAAUCAAGGGUACCUGCAAGAAGCCUACUUCUGGACAAAGCAAGUAUUGACUAUCAUGGAAAAAUCCAUAGUUCUGCUGAACGAAGUAACUGAUGGAUCACUGUAUGAGGGAGUGGCCUAUGGCAGUUACACCACCAGAUCUCUCUUUCAGUACAUGUUUAUUGUUCAGAGGCACUUUGACAUCAAUCACUUUAACCAUCCUUGGCUUAAAGAGCACUUUGCAUUUAUGUACAGAACAGUCCUUCCAGGAUUUCAGAGAUCUGUUGCAAUUGCGGAUUCCAAUUACAACUGGUUCUAUGGGCCAGAGAGCCAGUUAGUGUUUUUGGACAAAUUUGUCAUGAGGAACGGAAGUGGGAAUUGGUUGGCCACACAGAUCCAAAAAAACAGGGUGCAGGAAGGACCUGGAACGCCAGCCAAAGGACAGCGUUGGUGCACCCUCCAUACAGAGUUUCUUUGGUAUGAUGCGACCUUAAAGCCUACACCUCCACCAGAUUUUGGAACUCCUCAAUUACAUUUCUUUGAGGACUGGGGAGUAGUGACCUAUGGGAGCUCCUUGCCAGCCGAGAUUAACAGGCCAUUUAUUUCCUUUAAAUCAGGAAAACUUGGAGGGCGUGCAAUAUUUGACAUUGUUCACAACAACAAGUACAAAGACUGGAUAAAAGGAUGGAGGAAUUUCAAUGCUGGGCAUGAACAUCCAGAUCAGAAUUCCUUCACAUUUGCACCCAAUGGGUUUCCUUUUAUAACCGAAGCAUUAUAUGGACCAAAAUAUACUUUCUUAAAUAACGUUGUAAUGUUUUCACCAUCUGUAUCCGAGAGCUGCUUUGCUCCAUGGGAAGGCCAAGUUACUGAAGAUUGUACUUCCAAGUGGCUAAAAUAUAAGCAAGGGGAAGCUGCAGACUCUCAUGGGAAAAUUGUUGCAGCUUUAGAAAAAAGUGGGGUGGUGUUUAUCAGGGGUGAAGGAGUCGGUGCCUACAGUUCUGGCUUAAAAUUAAAAAGUGUUCAGAGAAAUCUUAUUCUACUUCAUCCACAACUUUUGCUUCUUGUAGACCAUAUUCACUUAGAAGGCAGCAGCUCCGUGCAAACAGCAUCUAGCUUUUUCCACAAUGUGGACAUGCCUUUUGAGGAGACAACAGUUGAUGGUGUUCAUGGAGCAAUAAUCAGGCACAAAAACGGAAUAUAUAAAAUGUACUGGAUGGAUGACACUGGCUUAAGUGAAAAAGCAGUCAUUACAUCAGCAGUGUACCCACAUGGUUAUCCAUACAAUGGGACCAAUUAUGUGAAUGUCACAACCCAUCUCAGGAAACCAGUCACAAGAACAAUCUACCUGUUUAUUGGACCAUCUGUUGAUGUUGAGAGCUUCAGUGUCAAUGGAGACUAUCAGCAAGUCGAUGUUUACCUUGCAACCAGUGAACAUGCAUAUGCAGUUUAUCUCUAUACAGGGGAAACACCUAGCCAGUCAAUAUAUGCUAAAGUAGUUGCAGAUAGGCAAAAGAUUGUAUUUGACAAAAGUUCUUCUGUGAGGGAUUUUCCACCAGCAGAGGUAAAAGAUUAUACUAUGAUUGUGGAACAAAAACUUCAGCACUUCAAACCUGUUUUCCAGCAAAUGGAAAAGCAAAUACUAUCUCAUGUUCGGAACACCGCUGGUUUUCGUAAGAUAGCUGAGCGGCUUCUUCGAUUUUCAGAUAAGAGGAACACUGAAGAGGCAAUUGAAAAGUUAUUUGCAAUAUCUCAACAGCACAAGCAGCAAGGGAAGAGAAAAAUGACCAAAAAGGGAUCAAAGAACUACAAGUUUGUUAAUGCUGUUCCAGAACUAUUUGCACAAAUAGAAGUUAAUGAAAAGCAAACCCGCCAAAAGGCUAUGGCCAGGGCUCAGAAUGAACUUCCAAUCAACGAAGAAGAAGAAAUGAAAGAUCUUUUGGAUUUUGUAGACGAACCCAACAUAAAGCACAAUACUGAUUUUUUGAACAGACGAUCUUCCCCUCACAUGCUGACAACUUUUCACAAUGGAGCAGGAUCAAUUUCUGCUUCGUACACAAGACUAUUUUUAAUCCUGAACAUUUCAAUUUUUAUUGUUCUGUUAGCACUGCAUGUAUCUCGGAUUCUAAAGACUAAGAGCAUGUAUAGAAAAAAAUGUCUCUAUGCCAUACUUUCUGUUGACUUUUUUGUUUUGAUGUGGUUGUAUUCAUCAUGCUAUCGAUCUAAAUGCUAGAAUAAAAGUCUUGACUCCAUCAAGUAAAAAACUAAGAAUCUAUGAAGCUUCUCUUACAGCACACUUAAAGUGGCUCAUUCACCUUAAACUUACCUUUCUCCUGUUUCCUUUUCUCCUCCUCUUUUAGAAUCCGUUGUUCAUUUAUGAUCGUUUUUUCUUUAAAACAUAAGACAACGCAAGGGUUACUUUGUAUUAUCUAUUUUUCCUACCUUUGACAUUCUGUACAAAAGAAGUGGAGCUUAUGGUAUAAGGCAAACUCCUAUUCUUUUGUCAAGAUGGUGGAGCUUGCCUUA